AUAACGUUAUAGCGUAAGUCGUUGAUACACGGAAGGCCACUCCCUAUCUUCAAGCUGGAGUUAUAUGCUCCCUGUCAGACGGUGCCAUUCUUUCUCGAAACCGGCUCGGUGGCUCUCAAAAGUCUACUUUCUACCAUUCUCGAACCCGGCAACAACCGUAAUUGCGUCUGCUCAUACUGGCCGGCGCAUCCUUUGAGCGACCUUGCGGCUGCAGCACGGAGAGAUAGAAUGACAACUUCCGCCAUAUUCGAGAAGUUGAUCCUGCAUGCUCCUCACAUCUCCAGCAAACAAUUAAUUCCAGCCUUUAUCUACGGGACUGCAUGGAAAAAAGAGGCUACAAGUGAUCUUGUCUACCAAGCUCUUUGCAAUGGCUUCACCGCCAUAGACACGGCGGCCCAGCCAAAACAUUACAGAGAAGAUCUUGUUGCUGCUGGAGUCUCCCGGGCAAUCAAGGAUGGAAAGGUCAAGCGAUCAGACAUCUACUUACAAACCAAAUUCACCAGUGUUCAAGGUCAAGAUCCAGACAACAUGCCAUACGACAAGAACAGCCCUGUCACAAACCAACUCAAUGCUUCUGUCAUGAGCUCUUUGCACAACUUCAAUUUUGCAGAUGUUGUCAAACAGGAUGAUUUAGCAGAGCCAUACAUUGACACCCUCAUCCUACACUCUCCCAUGCGCUCGAUCGAUGAGACGUUAGAAGUGUGGCGCACUCUUGAACAGUAUGUGCCCAAUGAGAUUCGGAACCUGGGCAUUUCGAACUGCAACUUGUUCACUCUGAUGGACCUCUAUGAGCGUUCCAAUAUCAAACCAAGUGUGGUGCAGAAUCGAUUCCAUGCAGCUACCAAGUUUGAUAUUGGCGUGCGCAGAUUCUGUCAAGAGAAGAAUAUUAUUUAUGAGAGCUUCUGGACACUCAGUGCAAAUCCCAGUCUAGUGUGGUCGGCUGAGGUUGGAUCGCUUGCAAACCAGAUCGGCGUCGCACCUCAGUCAGCUUUGUAUUGUCUAGUUCUUGGUCUGGGUGACAUCACAAUAUUGAAUGGCACCAAGAGUCUGAAGCACAUGCAGGAAGACUGGGAUGCGGUACAGAAGGUCAAGAGGUUUGCAGAGUCCCAUCCUCAGCAAUGGGAAAAUGCUGUUGCGGGUUUCCGAGCUCUUAUCGGUCAACCAAGGCCUUAGAACGGGAGGAAUGUUGCAUAGGCGGCCAUCAAGGUGUAGAACUCAUUAUGAGGUCAACCCUGCAUUCAGUACCAGGUAGUCAUUUGCAACAGAUCGGGAGUCUUCAAC